AUGGAUCCAGCCUUUGCCGGCUCAAGGGAGCAUCUGAACCCACGCUCGCUGUCCGGUGGCACCGUCCGAUCUGCCGAGUACUCCUACCGGCCGCCCUCGCCCCCCUUCGUCCAUAUCCCGCCGCACAGGUCGAAAAGCCCCGGGACUGCCAUGGAGCUCAUGCCCUCCUUGGACAAUGUCGAUCCCACGCAACUCACGAGCCAGGACCUCGAAAUCAUCACCAGAAACGCCACGCAAACCGCCGCGUUUCCAGUCGCGGAAUGGGCCUACGAAAACCGGCGCCACGCACAGGCCGUUGUUGACUUUUUGUAUCUUGGACCCACGAGCGUCGUGCGUAAUCUUGACUUUCUGAAACGAGAGGCCAUCACGCUGAUACUGGUCGUGCGGCAUUCGAGCAUGGCUGGCGCCAGGCUUCUCAGCGUGAGCAAAGCCACCGACGUCCUGGGCAUUGCCGCCGAGUAUGUGCACGUUGACGGGCCCCAUGAGCUCAUCCGCCGCUUCCUAGAGACCAUUAAGCUCAUCAACAAUCAUUUGAUUUCCAUCCAUCACUCGCAGCCUAGAGGCCGAGAUCAGCAAGGACAAAUGCUGAUGCCGACGCAGCACUUUCGCCGUGGCAAAGUCCUGGUCACUUGUGAUUCCGGCAACGAUCUCUCGGCGGUGCUGGUUGCCGCGUACAUCAUGGCUGUGUUCGGGCAGCCCAUGGUUCCGGCCUUGCAGUUUGUUCAGCUGCAGCGCUUCUGCUGCGUCUUUGACGAAGACAUGAAGCGCGUGCUGCAGUCGUGGGAGGAUAUCCUCGGCGCAAGAUCACACGUUGCACAUCACUCGCGGCGCUCGCAAGAGACGCCGCAGAUGGACGGACCCGCUGCGGCCGUCGACAGGCCGAAAAGACGACUUGACGACAUGAUGAGCGCGGGGUCUGAUCAAGGUCAGGAGGGACGGGCCUCCAUCACGGACGUGGACAGAGACAGGUUCACGGAUCGCGACCGGUUUGUUCCCUUUGCCGAUGCGCCAGCAAAUGGGCCGCUCAGCUCAGCCGGCGCAAACUCGAGGUAA